AUGACCGAUGUCGCAAGCAAGGAUCAGACCAAGCCGGUCGCCUUGGAUACUCUGUCACAAUCCGCACACGAAGACCCGCGCCUCUGGCCUACAACACACAAAUGGCUCAUCGUGACCAUCAUCUCCCUCAUGGGCUUCAUCUCCCCGCUGGGAUCUUCCAUCAUCAUCCCUGGAUGCCAUGCCAUCGACUACAAAUUCGACCUCUCCUCACGCCCACUCUCCCUGCUGCCCGUCUCCCUCUUCGUGUUGGGACUGGGGGCGGGACCCUUCUGCUUGGCUCCGGCUAGCGAGCUGGUCGGUAGACGGCCAGUGUACGUGGUUACGAGCUUGAUAUUCAUCUUGUUCAAUGUAGCCACGGGAGCAGUUGAGACCUUCCCGGGUCUGUGCGUGCUGCGCUUCUUCGCAGGGGUAUUUGGAUCUACAGGUCCGAGCUUGGGAGCAGGGAGUAUCGGCGACCUAUUCUCUCCCCAGGAGCGCGGACGAGCUCAGAGCUUGUACGGACUCGGCCCGCUUUUGGGACCAGUGGUGGGGAACAUCAUUGGAGGAUGGAUCAUUCAGGACAACCCGAGGAGCUGGAGAUGGCUACUCUGGACGCUCACCAUCAUGUCGGGCGUCAUUGCUGUUGUCGUGUGCGUCGGGCUCAGGGAGACGUACGCGCCGGUCAUUCUGGAGAAGAAGCGUAAAGCGCUCGCCAACAAGCUCUCGGGCAUUGGAGAUGGGGUAGACGACAAUGCCGUCUCCUCGCAGCGAGGCCGAGCACUUGCCUGGUUCCACGCAACUUCUUCAACGCUCGCGCAUCGCUCUCACUCGCUUCUUUACCCUACUCCAACAGCCAAAGCCAAGUAUAUUCAGGCUUUCUCUCGCCCCUUCCGCCUCCUCUUCACAAAUCCAAUAUGCGCCAUCUUCUCCUUCUACUUAGGUUUCUGCUACGGCAUCAUAUUCCUCUUCCUCGUCGAACACCCCCUUGUCUUUCAACGGCGAGAAGGAGCUGAUGAUCCCCCGCCUGGACCCAGGUUGCCGACGUACGGAUGGGGACCAGGGCCUGCAGGAUUGACUUAUGGAGGAUUGGGGCUUGGCUUCUUGGCUGCCGCGCUUGUCAAUGCGUUCUUGCAGGAUCCUAUCUAUCGACGAUUGGCAGCUAGUCGAGGAAGGCUCGGGUGGAUCCUCUUUAGGUCGCCGCAGACGAUUCAUGACAUGCUAUACGGGAAGGACGCCCCGAGCGGGAGCAAUGGCUGCGAGUCAGACGUGGAGAAGAGCGGCGGAACGAGCACAACCGUGACCGCUGUCGUCUCGUCGUCGCUACCAGAUGCGACCGCGGCUGCCGCAGCUGCUACUCCCUCAUCGCAACCCGCCACUAAAGGCCAGCCGGAGUAUCGUCUUCCUCUCUGCCUCCUCGGGAUGCUCGUCCUACCCGUGGGCCUCUUCAUCUUUGGCUGGGCAGCCCAGGCGCAAACGCACUGGACGAUACCUCUCAUCGGUUCCCUCCUCGUCGGGGCGGGCACAAUUCUCUGUUUCCAAUCCAUCCUGGUCUACCUCGUAGACGCCUUCAUCCCAUACUCCGCCUCGGCAACAGCAUGCGCCGUCUUGGUGCGGUCCGUCCUGGCGGCAGUCUUUCCACUCUUUGCCCAGAAGCUCUACAGAGCGCUCGGCUUUGGUUGGGGAUCCAGUCUACUAGCUUUCAUUGCGUUGGCAGGGCUGCCAGCUCCAUUGGUGUUAUUCAGGUACGGGGAGGGACUGAGGGAGCGCUACAGAUUCAGUGGAUGA